AUGGGGAAACCGAUCCAGUAUACACAGCUUCCCAAAUUUGAGUACCAGACUUUCGAUCGUCAAUAUCAGACCUUCGACCGUCAUACUUUGCAAUUUUCAUUCUAUCCUGUCGCUUCUACAUCAACAGACGAUCUGACACCUGACAAUGAUCAGGGCAACAACCCCGCUGAGGCAGGAAAUGCUCCAGAAGAAGGAUCAAGUAGUUCCUCGACUGACACUGCAUCAUCUUCUGAGGCUGCAGAAUCGUCUGAAGCCACAACGCCGUCCCCCGAUCCUGUAGAGAGCUCCGGUGAGCCUGCUGCUGAGCCAGUCGAAGAAAAGAUAGAGCCUGCUGCAGAAGCCGACGAUGUGACGCAAACGCCCAAGGAUGAGAGCGCUUCAGAUGACAAGAAAGACGAGUUACCAGCCGAGGGCUCUGCUCAAAACGCAGAAGCGGAACAGGACGCCACAGAUGCAAGCACCCCUGAGCAAGAUGAUCAAGAGCCGAAGAAUGAUACCGGCGUCUCAGAAGAUGGUCCCGCUGCCGAGUCAGAUAAACCCGCACCUGAGAACGGAGAAGCUGCGGAACAAGUAUGUGAAGAUGCUAAGGCAGAAGAAGAAUCGGCAACCAAAGAGAAGGAUAACCUUGACGACGGCUCCAAAGAGACCGAGAUAGUAGAGGCUCUUCCUGAAGAGGAAACGAGUAGCCCACCUACAGAUGCUGAAGCUACUCCGCAGCCUGCAGAUGAGCCCGCAAAUCCCGAUGAGACAGGCAACUCUUCAUCCGAUGCACCAGCAACAGAUUCAAAUACCGAAGAUCACCCAUCUGACCCUGCACCCGGAACCGAAGCAUCGACCGAAAAGGCGCCAACAGAUGAACCGACAGCUACAGAGACUCAAGAGGAAAGUACAGCUUCAGCCAACCCUGACAUUGACGCCGAACCAAAUCCAGCGGACUCUACUGAUAAGGUAGAGUCGGAAUCUGCGGAAACGCCAGUUGAUGAAGCUGCCGCGGAUGGGGAGGGUAAAGAGAGUCCCCCGGCAGAACAUGCGGAAGCCGUACCCGCUAUCGAAGAGCCUGCGCCUGUAGAUACCAAUGAAGGCGCAGCCUCAGGCAAAGGCAAGAAGGGAAAGAAGAACAAGAAAAAGAAGAAGAAGGGCGCUACCGCAGUGGAAGAGCUCCCCCCCACUCCCCCGCCUGAGGAACCGGAACAGGUCCAGGAUCCUGCUGUCGCUGAAGCAGAAGUUGAAUCUGAGGUCAAGGAAACAGACACAGCAGCAGCGCUAAGUACGGAUGAGAUAAAUGACAACCCGGCAGAAGACACCGCUGAACCCGGCUCACCUCCCAAUGAAGACCAAGCCGAUGCUGGAGCAGAUGCUGCUAGUGACGAUAAGAACCCUGAACCUACGGCAGCGGAGCCCACUUCUGAAGAGCCCGUUCCCGAAGAACCUUCCGUUGAUAAGCCUAGCGAGGAGUCUGCUACCCUGGAAGAUGCCGAGCAUGUUACAGAUUUAUCUGAAGAACCUCCAGUCGAGCUAUCUCCAGAAGAAGGAGCUCCUGAAACAGAAGGAUCCCCGGAGGCAGUAUCUGAGGAACCGCCAAAAGAGGAGCCAACGGAAGAGAUUGUACCUGAGGGGGCUGAGGACAGUGCUAGUGCUGGUGAAGUGACUGCAGAGGUCUCCACAACCGACGAAAAGUCUUCUGAAAAAGAAAAGCCGAUCGGAGAGCCAGCCAACACGGAAGCCGCUGAGCAAACACCGGCUGAUGAGGGAGUGGACGAGGCAGCAGAGCCCGCAGCUGAAGAAACUCCUGCAGAAGUUUUAGCCAACAAUGAAGAAGCAGGAAGUGACGAACAUCCCACCGAUGCAGAAGCUUCCGGAGAAACACAAGUUGAGACACCAGCUACUACACCAGAGCCACAGGAAGAUCUAGUGGAAGAAGAAAGGGCAGAAGAGGAGGGCUCCGAGGAAACCUCCCCAGUUAUUGACGCUCCUGUGGAGAAGUCCAACGAUCAGGAAGCUUUGUUGGAGGAAGCGGAUGCCUCCAAGGAAAUUUCUGCUGCAGAUGCGCCGGAAGAAAUGGUCUCAGAAGAGCCCACCACUGCGGAGGAGGCUCAGGCUGAUGAUCCUUCUCCUACCACUGAAUCUGUUGCAGAAGAACCUGCUCCGGCGGCAGAGCCUCCUGUUGCCGAAGAAGCUCCUGUCACCGAGGAACCUGCUGCUGCUGAAGAGAUUCUUGUCGAGGAAGCGCCUGCUGCCGAGGAACUGCCUGUCACUGACGAGGCUCCUGCUGCCGAAGAGGCUCCAACUACUGAACCUGCCGUCACUGAAGAGGCUCCCAUCGAAGAAGCCCCUGCAGAAAAGACGCCCCUCGCAGAAGAAGCCCCUGCUGCUGCCGAAGAAGCUCCCGAGCCACCCACUACUCAAGAAGCUCCCGCGGCUGAAUCUGCUGUCACUGAAGAAGUUCACGUUGAGGAAGCACCUGUUGAAGAGUCACCUGUUGCUGAGGAGCCACUUGUAACUAAGGAAGUGCCUUCUGAAGAAGCCCCUGUUGUUGAAGAAUCUCCCGUUGUUGAGGAUGAGCCUGUUGAGGAAACACCUAUUCCCGAAGCAGCACCUGUUAUUGAAGAAGCUCCUGCUCCCGAAGCAGCACCUAUUGCUAAAGAAGCUCCUGCUGUUGAGGAACCUGUUCCCGAAGAAGCUCCAGUAACUGAAGAACCUGUUAGUGCCGAAGAAGUCGCUGUUGAAGAAGCGCCCGCGCCAUCUGUAUCGAGAGGAGUCACCGUCGACGAAGCCCUAGAUGUUGCAGAAGCCCCAGUGGAAGAGACCCCCGUUGAAGAGGCUCCCGCUGAAGAAACCCCUGCCGCUGUAGAGCCUCCUGUUGCCGAUGACGUCCCUCCCGCUGAAGCUCCUGUGCAACCUGCUCCGGAAGACACUCCAUCUGAAGAACCUGAGCAAGUUGAGGAACCUGCAGCGGACCCGCAUGUCAUUGAGUCAGCACCAGCUGAUCCUAUUAUCAUUGAACGCGCCCCCGCUAGCGAUGAUACACCUACUGAAGAUACUGUCACCGACGAACCAGCUGUCGGUGAGGUACCUUUAGAAGAGCCAGACCUUGAAGAUUCAGCCGCUGAAAGAGAGCUGUCCGAAGAGGCAACAGACCCUACAAGCGAAUACCCAGAUACCGUUGAUUCCCUCAAAGAUGACCCCUCGACCACGACCGAAGCUGCCGCUGGAAUUGCAGCUGGAGCCGCAGCCGCAGCCGCAGCCGCCGGUUUGGCUCAUGGCCACAGAAAGAAAAAGCGACGAACGGCCGACAUGGACCGUGAGCGUCACUCCAAGAGGUCCUCUGACGACUAUCCACCUCGACUGGAACGACAGAAAAGUACUAAACAUGGCGGUAUCUUCACAAACCGAUGGGCGGAAGCCUUGGAUGAGGCGAAGCGGCAGCAUGAGAAGAAGAUCAGAUCUGAGGAGAGACGGAAAGAUAAGACGGUUAUAGUGAAAAGGGAGCCAGGCCGUUCAUCAGGACGCGAGAAAGAGCACGAGCGGGUAAGACGGUCCGAACGCACCGAGCGCUCUGCAAGAGAAAAAGAACCUGUGCCUGUCAAAACAAGACCCAAACACUCAGAACACUCUAGCAGCAGUGAUCGCGAGCGAAGUGGAAGCUCUUCCUCAAGACACGCGCAGUCCUCAACGCCAAAGCCCAGAGCUUUUCUGAAGUACAUGACAUCAGGAGAGUCAGACACCAAACCCCUACUGAAGAUCAACGGCGACAAAGCCGCCGCAAACAUCUAUGAGCCUCAUAGGAGAUCUUCUACGAGCCGUUCUCAUGGCCAUCGCCACUCUCACGAGGGACGAGGCUCCACUGAACGCUCCAGUGGGUCUCACCAGACCGACGAAGAAGAUCGAGCUCGACGUGAAGCUCGUAGAGCUCGCAGAAAAGCCGAUGAAGAGGAGCAGGCAAAACAAAAAGAAGAGCCUGAGCAACGUCAUCACCGUCAUAGCGGAGAAGGACAUCAUCGUCACCAUCGACACAAACGUGCUCCGUCUCCUCCACGGAGCGGAAGUUCCAAACUAAAAGGCUUUUUCAAGUCUGCUAUUGCUGCAUACUGA